AUGACAUCAACUUGGAGCGUAAUUGAACGUUUUGGUUCAUACAUGCCAAUGGUAGGUAAUGUAAUCCAAUGCCUAAAAGAGGUUAGAGAUGAUGUAAAACGGGCCGAAAAAAAUGACUCAAGAUUCAGAAAAUUGCGCGCUCAGUUGGGUGGAGCUGUAGAAACGUUUGAAGCUCGUUCUCGUCAUGAUUCGAACCGUUACCCAUUUGGCCAACAAAAUACCGAAAAUUUGAUGUAUGCAUUGGAAAAAAUUCAUAUAUAUUUAGAGAAAUCCAAAAGAUCUUCUUUUCGACAGAUUAUGAAGGCUAAACAGCUUACAGCUGAGAUUAAGGAAUUGGAAGAUGAGUUGAAUUCGGCUCUAAUCGGAAUCACAGCCUUUAUGGAAGCACAGAGACCUGUUUAUAGUACUUAUCGCUCUUUUUCCUCAAUCAAUUCUUCUGAUGACAGUAAGGAUAGCGGCAAUAGUGAUGUUGAACAAACUGGAGAAGGUAAUAAAAUGACAGCAAUUUUUCCGGUCAUGCAGGUUCUCAGAGAAAAAUAUAACUCUGCUUGCGAGCGUUGCUAUAAUGCUACUUAUCAACAGGGGCACCAAGUCCAAGAAUUUGUUUGUUCUUACAAUAACGGUUCGUUUUAUGACCGUGGUCAGCCAGAUUCACUUGAAGUGCCAGUCAACUAUACCCUCUGA